AUGUCGGAGUCAACAACACCGCAGAAACGUUUGUCACGAAGACUUACGCAUACGAAAAUUGUCAAGGAGCUUUCGAACUUAGAAAAUGCUACGGUUUUUGAAAUGGAUCAUGGCGAGCAAGCACGUCGAGAAGGUCGUUUUGUUUUUGAAUGCUCUUGGGAAGUGGCUAAUAAAGUUGGUGGAAUAUAUACGGUAUUGCGAACAAAAGCACCGAUAACAACUGAAGAAUUAGGUGAUCAAUAUUGUAUGUUGGGUCCAUACAAGGAAGAACGAGUGAAAUUAGAAGUGAGAAGUUAUAUAAUAUCACUAUUAUUUAUUUAUUUAUUGUUAUUUUAA